UUACGGUAAGAGAACUGACGGAUAUGCGACAUGUGUGAAGUGUGAGCGAGAAAUUUCGUGCAAGGGGGGAAGUACUUCAAAUAUGGCCAAACAUUUACUCACCCACGGGUUAAAUGUGAGGGACUGUGGCAUAUUUAAAAAUAGCGCGAAAACGGAGCCGACGGACCCGACGGUCAGCAACAAGAGCCCGGACUACGUCGACGGCACAGAAAUAGACAAGAACUCCCUCCUCCUCGAUGUCAAAACUCGCUGGAACUCCCUUUUCCUCAUGAUUGAGAGAUUCCUGCAGCAGUACUCUGCUCUUCAAGCAGCCUCCUUAGAUCCACGGCUUAGAAAGCCAAUGGAGCGUGACAGACUCUCCAAACUGACCAAUGAGGACUACAGAAAAGCAGAGGAAUUUAUUGAACUCAUGGAGAUCCUGUACACAUCAACCCUUUGUGCCUCAACUGAAAAGAGCUCCACCUGCGGCCAAGUCCUACCAAUCUUACAAAAGCUGAAGAACCAUUUCACAGUCCGAGAUGGAGAUUCACUGUUUGUCUCCUGUCUAAAGAAGACAAUCUGGACUGAUCUAUCAAAGCGAUAUCAGACAGACCAGGUGAGAAACUUCCUUGGAGAAGCAACUGCCAUGGACCCUCGCUCUAAGCAUACGCUAGAGGAAGAGGAUGCUGAGGAAGAUAAGACAGUGUGGAACCGGAUCAAAGAGAAAAUCCUUGCUGCACAUGAUCCUGCAGAAACAGAACAGCUGACUGAGCCUGGUGUCUUCGGCAAGGAGGGACGCAAGCAGACUGACGAGCCAAGAGGGGAGGAGAGCGAGGAAUCAGAGGAUGAGACUGUUUCACUUCAAACAAGGAAGAAGAUGAAGCUAACGCCCCUGGAGAAGCUUUUCGCUGAGGAUGAUAUCCUGAAAUUGAACACUAUCAAACGUGUUGCUGCUGCUGCUCCAGCCAUCAAGAUCAGGGCAGAAAAAGAACUGGAAAUGUAUAAGGCCCUUCCUCCAGCUUUGACCUCCGAAGACCCUUCUGCCUGGUGGUGGAGGAAGAGGGAUGUGUAUCUUUUGUUGUCAGACUUAGCUCUGUCAUACCUGUGUGUUCAGGCCUCUUCUACUCCCAGCGAAAGGGUUUUCUCAACUGCUGGAGAUACAAUCAGCACUGAGAGAUCCCGUAUCCUUCCAGAAAAGGCCGACAUGUUGAUUUUCCUUUUCAAAAACUGCUGA